GGCGCGCCCCGCCCCCUCCCGCCCCAGCGCCAGGGGACGCUCUCGGGCCGGGUCUCCUUGGCAACCAUUAGCUCCGCCCCUCUGGCCCUUUAACCUUUAGGGUGCGCGGCGGCCGCGGCCCUCUCACUCUUCCCCCUUCUCUCCCCCCUCCCUACCCUUCCCCACCCCCUGCCCUCGGGGCCGUCGGGAGCCGGAAGCGAAGAUGGCGGCGGCGGCGGCCGGCGCGGCGUCGGCGGACCUGGUGAUCGGCUGGUGCAUCUUCGGCCUUUUACUCCUGGCUAUUUUGGCAUUCUGCUGGAUUUAUGUUCGCAAAUACCAGAGUCAGCGAGAAAGUGAAGUUGUCUCCACUAUAACGGCAAUUUUCUCUCUGGCAAUUGCACUUAUUACAUCGGCACUUCUACCAGUUGAUAUAUUUUUGGUGUCAUAUAUGAAAAAUCAAAAUGGUACAUUUAAGGACUGGGCUAAUGCCAAUGUUAGCAAACAGAUUGAGGAUACUGUAUUAUAUGGCUACUACACCUUAUAUUCUGUUAUACUCUUCUGUGUUUUCUUCUGGAUCCCUUUUGUUUACUUCUACUAUGAAGAAAAGGAUGAUGAUGAUAGCAGUAAAUGCACUCAAAUUAAAACAGCACUCAAGUAUACUUUGGGAUUUGCGGUGAUUUGUGCACUUCUUCUUUUAGUUGGUGCUUUUGUUCCUUUGAAUGUACCCAAUAACAAAAAUACUACAGAGUGGGAAAAAGUGAAGUUCCUAUUUGAAGAGCUUGGAAGUAGCCAUGGUCUAGCUGCGUUGUCAUUUUCCAUUAGUUCUCUGACCUUGAUUGGAAUGUUGGCGGCUAUAACUUACACCGCUUAUGGUAUGUCAGCACUGCCUUUAAAUUUAAUAAAAGGGACUAGAAGUGCUGCUUAUGAGCGUUUAGAAAACACAGAAGAUAUUGAAGAAGUGGAGCAACAUAUCCAAACGAUUAAGUCAAAAAGCAAAGAUGGUCGACCUUUGUCAGUAAGGGAUAAACGCUCCUUAAAACAAUUUGAAGAAAGGUUAAGAACACUUAAGAAGAGAGAGAGACACUUAGAAUUCAUUGAAAAUAGCUGUUGGACAAAAUUCUGUGGCGCCUUACGUCCCCUGAAGAUCAUUUGGGGAAUAUUUUUUAUUCUAGUUGCAUUGCUAUUUGUAAUUUCUCUCUUCCUAUCAAAUUUGGAUAAAGCCCUGCAUUCAGCUGGCAUAGAUUCUGGUUUCAUAAUUUUUGGAGCUAAUCUGACUAAUCCACUGAAUAUGCUUUUACCAAUACUACAAACAGUUUUUCCUCUUGAUUAUAUUCUUAUAACAGUUAUCAUCAUGUACUUUAUUUUUACCUCAAUGGCGGGGAUUCGAAAUAUUGGCAUCUGGUUCUUUUGGAUUAGAUUAUACAAAAUCAGAAGAGGUAGAACCAGGCCCCAGGCACUCUUGUUUCUCUGCAUGAUACUUCUGCUUAUCGUACUUCAUACUAGCUACAUGAUUUAUAGCCUUGCUCCUCAAUAUGUUAUGUAUGGAAGCCAAAAUUACUUAAUAGAGAGCAAUAUAACUUUUGAUGGCCAUAAAGGCAAUUCUACUCCUGUGCCAAAGAGAUGUGAUGCAGAUGCUCCUGAAGAUCAGUGCACUGUUACCCGGACAUACCUGUUCCUUCACAAGUUCUGGUUCUUUAGCGCUGCGUACUAUUUUGGCAACUGGGCCUUCCUUUUGGUAUUCUUAAUUGGAUUAGUUGUGUCCUGCUGUAAAGGGAAGAAAUCAGUCAUUGAAGGAGUAAACGAAGAUGAAUCAGACCUAAGUGAUGAUGAGCCCUCUGCCUAUUCUGUCUGACAACCUUCUUUCUCAAAGUGUUUUUUUUAAGCUGAGUGAAUACCUAUAUGCAUUUUUAAAGUAUUAAACUAACAUUAGAAUGAAUCAACUAGCUUUCAUCAAACAUGGGAGCAUGGCUAUUAAAAAAACUAUUUUUUAUGUUUUCUGAAGUAACAGUAUUGUAUCAUAGAUUAACAUUUAAAUUUGCUGUAAUAAUACUGUGUAAAUAUAAAACUACUGGCUUAUGAGGGAAUGUUUGUAGACAUUUUUUCCUCCAAUGUAUAGUAGUAUUAAAUUUAUUAAAAUCUCCCAGAAUUAAUAUUCUCUUUGUUACUUUCAAAAAACAAAAUUAAUCACUUGUAUCUGUG